AUGGGCGCUGGCAUCGCUCGCUUACUUCUUGCGAAUGACUUUCAUGUCAUAGCCAAUGUAUCUGACAGGAGUCAAGCGACGCAGGAACGAGCUGCCAAAUGUAAGAUCGAGCUCGUGGGCUCCGAUGCAGAGUUGUGCAAGACUUCCGACUACAUCUUGAGCAUUGUCCCUCCUCGAGACGCAAUAGCAACAGCACAACGCGUUGUCGGUGCCAUGUCUGGUCGAGUUCGUCCUCUUUACUACAUUGAUCUCAAUGCUAUCAGUCCACGCUCAGCCCGAGAGAUUCACGAUAUAUUCCUGAAGACUUCUCCAAAUGUCAGGUACAUCGACGGGGGUAUAAUUGGCAACCCUCCAAUGCAGCAAGCAGAUGGGACUUUCAAGAGACCAAGCAUUCCUCUAUCUGGACCGCACAGCCUCGUUGACGCGGUUCCGAGUGGAGACAAACUUCGACAGGUGCUCAAUGUUCGACAUAUCAACGAAGUGAUCGGAACUGCCACUGGUUUGAAAAUGUGCUUUGCAUCGCUUACAAAGGGCUUUACUGCACUGGCGAUCCAGUCGUACACCACGGCUCAGAAUCUCGGUGUCUUGGACGAGCUGAAGACAGAAUUGGAUCUCUUCUCGCCGGAUACUCGAACGCGAGCCGAGAAGGGCCUGGUCAGCAUGCCUCCGAAAGCAUACCGGUGGAUCAACGAAAUGGAGCAGAUAGCAGAGACCCACGAAGCAGACGGCGGAUUUCUUGCUGUUGAAUCCACGUUCAGAAGUAUUGCAAGGGUAUACGAUCUAGUAAAGGAAUCGGAGCUUGGUAACGAGUUUACUGAGCAUCGAGUCCGUGGCCAGACCGCACAGGAUGUUGCAGCGCUCAUGGUAGAGGCCACUGAUCGACGAAAACUGAAGAAAGACUAA